GUUAGCACGUCCGGCAGCGUUGGCCUAUAAAAGCCCUGCGGGUAGCGUCAGCGCAAACCCGUUUUGUCUCCCACUUGUUUAUCUUUUUGCGUCUCCCGGCACGAUCCCGCGCCCGUUUGUCGCGACAGCACUUGCAGCAGCCGGUGACAACUUGAGUCCCCGAGCCCAACACCGGAGGGUGAGAUGAACGCGCUGGCCUCCCGCGCCGUCCGAACCUGUGAUCGCUUGUGGCAGCCCCAGCCGGCGCUCCUGCCCCCAGGGUGACGCACAGUCCCGAGCCGACAGAUGGCUCCAGGCCAAGUGCCCCAUCAGGCUGGCCCCUGGAGGGAUACCCACCCCUUCUAUCUCCUGUCCCCGCUGGUGGGCCUUCUCAGCUGGGCCUGGAGCCACCUGAGAGGCCCAGGAUCUCCAGAGCCCUGGUUGGUGGAAGCAGUAACCGGAACAGAUCAGGGAGAAGCUGUCCCGGAAGGAGAAGCUAAGGCUUCUCUGGCCACUCACCAUGCCCCCAAGGGCAGGCACCCUCAAGAGGAGACUGGAGACAGUGGAGCAGCUGAGGAGGAUGGAGAAGCAUCCGGGGGGCCUGCCCUGACCUGGAAACCAAGUGAUCUCUUCUUGAAGGGACUUUUAGAUGAUGGUGACAAAGAGUAUGUCAGGGAAGAAGCAACCAGUGUCCCUAGAGAGCAGGGCAGUGAAUUUAUGGAUGGCCAGCCUGCUCCCCCGUCCCCCAGCCUUCUGAUAACGUCCCUGCAAGACCUUCCUGGGGAGGAGGAAUCUAAGGAAGAAGGGGUUACCGAAGAUAAAGAAGUGAUCACGUUCUCUUUUCCUCCAUCACACUGGGAGUGUUGUCCAGGGGUGGAGGAAGAGGAGGAGGAGGAGGAGGAGGAGGAGGAAGAAACUGUAAAUAAAGAAGCUCCUAGAACAUCUACCUCUCCCUUAGCUCUGGGAUCCAAGCCCAGAGCUUGGGUGUGCUGCCGCGUGGAUGGAGCCGCAGAGGAAGAAAGAACAGAGAAUAAAGCAGCCACGAAGACCUCCAUUUGCCCCUCAUCUGCAGGCUCCCACCUCAGGGCCUGGGAGUGUUGUUCAGGAGAGGAACCUGAGGAGGAGAAGGCCAAAAAAGCUGAGAAAGGAGAAGCUGACCCAGAGCCACACUCCUCAAUUCCAGCCCAGAGGCCCCCGCUCAGGACCUGGCAGCAUCCAUCCAGUGAGAUCACAGAGGAAGAAGAGGAGGAGGAGGAGGACAGUGAUUCAGGAGAAGCUGAGGCUUCCUCUUCCAUCCCACCCACAAGUGCCUUCCUGAGGGCCUGGGUGUACCGACCAGGAGAGGACACAGAGGAGGAAACGGAGUGUGAGGGUGAGAAUAAGGAUGAAGAUGAUGAAUCAGAAGCAGGUGACUUGGAACCAAGUCCCUCCCUUCAGGCCCAGAGUGCCCUCCUCAGGGACCGGAUAUAUCAGCCUGGAGAGGAAACAGAGGGAGGGGAAGCUGGCACAGAGUGGGGAGAAGCUGAGCCCUGCCCCUUCCGAGUGGCCAUCUAUUUACCUGGAGAGAAGGCCCCGCCUCCUUGGGCUCCCCCUCUGCUGCCCCUCCGUCUGCAAACGCGCCUCAAGUCUGCAGAAACCCCCACCAGGCAUCGGGACCCUGAGCCUCCCCUAAACACCAGAAAGGUGCGCUUCUCUGAGAAGGUGUCUGUCCAUCUCCUGGCUGUCUGGGCGGGACCCGCCCAGGCCGCCCGCAGAGGCCCCUGGGAGCAGUUCGCCCGGGAUCGCAGCCGCUUUGCCCGACGCAUCGCCCAAGCCCAAGAGGAACUGGGUCCCUACCUCACCCCUGCCGCCCGGGCCAGGGCCUGGGCACGCCUCGGGAACCCUCCCACUUCUCUGGCCACCAUACCUGCCCCUACCCCGACCUCAUCCAUCCCCAUGCAGACCACACCUUUGAGCCACAUUCUGGCCUCUCCAUCUCCUCCCUGUGUGUCUCCUUGCCUGGACCUCAGUGGGAGGCGUGGCCAAGGUGAACUAGUUUUCGUGUUAUUAACUAUUUUUUUAAGUGUUGGUUUAUAUAUGGAAUAAAGCUUUUCAUAGUGAGCAGCGUCUCUGUGUGUGUCUGAACUGACACCAUCCACUACUCCUGGGUCCCCAAAACACUUGCGGGGGAACAGCAUAAAGUUGAGCCUCUCAACAGAGGAUAAACUACAUUCCCCAUCAUCCCUUGAAUUUGCCUCUUCCUAUUCCGAGUCUUCUUUUGAACUAAGGACUGGUGGGUUUUGUCAUUUUUCUUUGGCUUCCACCUAAAUUUGAUUAAACCCUGGACAGUUAUCUCCCCAA